GAACUCGAAAAACAAUGUUAACACAAAGAUCAAGUAAAAAUGGAAACAGAAGUGGUUGAAGAUAUUGUGAUUGUGGGAGCUGGAAUUGCUGGGCUUACAACAUCCGUAGGACUUCACAGGUUGGGUAUCCGAAGUUUGGUGUUAGAAUCUUCAGAUAAUUUGAGGGUUACUGGAUUUGCUAUGAAUACAUGGGAAAAUGGUUGGAAGGCCUUGGAUGCUGUUGGAGUUGGAGAUCUGCUUCGUCAGCAACAUAUCCAGGUGAAUGGGAAUGUGACCACUUCAUUGGUUACAGGGGACCAAACAUCAGUCACGUCUUUCAAUGCAACAGGAAAGCAACACAUUGAAGUUCGUUGUGUUAAAAGGAAGUUGAUGUUGGAAGCCCUUGCCAAUGAGCUUCCAAGUGGCACCAUCAGAUACAAGUCAAAGGUUGUUGCCAUUCAGGAAUCUGGCUUCUAUAAGAUAGCCCAUCUUGCUGACGGGACAACCAUCAAAACCAAGGUAUUGAUUGGAUGUGAUGGAGUGAACUCCGUGGUGGCAAAGUGGCUAGGCUUCAAGAAGGCCUCUUUCACUGGGAGGUAUGAAAUCAGGGGAUGUGCAGAGUUCAAGACCAAUCACGGGUUUGAGCCCAGGUUCAUGCAGUUCCUCGGCAAAGGUUUUCGAGUUGGUGCUGUUCCUUGUGAUGAGAGGGCCAUCUACUGGUUUUUCACAUGGACACCCAUCAGCCAAGAUAAAGAGCUAGAAGAGAAUCCUGCCAAACUGAAACAAUAUGUGGUAAAGAAGCUUGAGAAGAUGCCAAGUGAUGUAAAGUACUUCAUUGAAAAAACUGAAGCAGAUGAUUUCCUACCAGCUCCAUUGAGAUAUAGACAUCCCUGGGAGCUCAUGUUGGGGAAUAUAAGUAAAGGCAACGUGUGUGUUGCAGGAGAUGCUUUACAUCCCAUGACUCCUGACAUUGGCCAGAGUGGGUGCUGUGCCUUAGAGGAUGGGGUCGUUUUAGCCAGGUGCCUAUCUGAGGGUUUCUCCAAAGAACCAGGCACACAUAUUAAAGAAAAGGAUCAAUACAUAAGGAUUGAGGAAAGCUUGAAGAAAUAUGCAAGGGAGAGAAGAUGGAGAAGCAUUGAUGUCAGUUUUACAUCUUAUAUGGUGGGUUCUAUUCAGCAGGCUGAGUCCCAAUUGAUUAGCUUUUUGAGGGACAAAGUUUUGGCUACAUUCUUAGCUAAUCUAUAUUUUAAGAAGUCAGCUUAUGAUUGUGGAACGCUAAAUAGCUCCUAGAGACGCAAUUAUCUUGUAAAAUGACUGCUGGCUUGGGACAUAUGGAUGGGUAACAUGACCCAAUGGGACCAAGUUGAUGCAUACUGCUUGACAGACAACGUAAUUUAUAUGUAUCGUUCAAACUUCGGUUGCUACUUACAGUCAUAGGUAGCCACAAAAAAGAUCAUGGUAAGCCCUAUCUAUGAUUGAGACAUUACUUUUCCGUUUGGUUC